AUGUCCUAUAAAUGUAAACCAGUAUCAUUCGACGAAGAAUCAUUUUGCGAAGGAUCAACAAUGCAUCUGAGCUGCAAGCAAAAUAAAAGAUUGGUUAUUUAUUCGGCUCAUUAUGGCCGAACAGUUGAGGGACGAAUGAUGCAUUGUACACCAAAUACUCCGAUUAGCCAAGAUUGUGUGAUAGAUGUAUUGGGUCAGGUACUCUAUGACUGUCAUGCACAAACAAAGUGCACGGUAAUGGUGAAUGAUGAACAAUUCGAUAAAGCUGGAUGCGCACCAGAGAUACGGAAAUACCUCAGUCUUAUCUUCAUGUGCAUGAAUGAUGAGAUCUUCAGUGAAGCAGCUAUAAAAGGCAAAUUGAAAACGAUGAAGAAAAUCAUUUCGGACCUGCCACCAAGAAAACUACAGAAAGUGGAGACGAUGUUUGUAAAGGAAGAUGAACGCGCAUUUCGUAUUAAAGAUGAUCCUAGUCAUGGAUACAAAGCUGUUCAAAAGGCUUCUUCUGGACAGAAUAGAAAUAUAAAUGUUAUCAAAAAUUCGUUGUUGGCAAACAGUUACGAGGAGUCUGAAGAGAAAGGCGCAUUUGUCAUAGCAACUUCAAUCGAUACUACAUCGCCAAGCGGUCUUCAUUUCAAUGCUUUUAACUUUGUACAUGACAUUAUGCUGAUAACGCGAACACUGAAAGAUAAUAAAGAGAAGGCCUUACUUUGCCUACUUUUAAGUCUUCUGGGAGGCCUAAUAAUGUUACUGAUCGCUUGCGCAGUAUCGGGUUGUUAUCGGCGUAGAAUGAAACGCAAGAAUUCAAAAAGGCAAAGGAAUAAGGAAACUAUACGAGCUGAAAAACCAACAGAAUUAAGUACACUAAUGGGAAAUAAUAACUCAGCAUCAGUCUUUCUGGGGUCCAAUAGUCGAAUUUGUUUUGAUGUUGGCGAUUUGUCGAAUUAUAAGGAAUCAUUCUUGCGACUUACUCAGUUUAAGCCACCACGAGUAUUGGGAAAUUUUAAUGGGUAUAGCUAACGGUGAGCUAUGGCAGGUGAUUUUCUCAUGGGCUUUCCGAAUUGACAUCUGUAUGUUCAGUAAGA